AUGGUUGCCAAAAGCCAGUAUGGCACGCAGGAUGGGCUGCAAGGCGAAGAGGGGAUAGUUCAGUCCCAACCAGUCAACAAUGCGCCCACAUCCGAAGAUGAAGAAAGUCCACUACUCGGAGGAUCACAAGAUACAGAACAGACUGUGAAGACUGCGGAAGGUGUAGGAGCGAUUGUCGCAGUGCUUCUAUUAGGUGAAUUUAUUUCUAAUGCCGAUGCGACGCUUGUCAUGGCCGCCGCGGGUCGCGUUUCUUCCGAUUUCAAUCGGCUACGCGAUGCGAGUUGGUUAUCGACUGGAUACACAGUGGGUCUUUGUGCUGCUCAGCCGAUGUACGGGAAAUUGAGCGACAUCUACGGCCGCAAGCCCCUUCUCUUGAUUUCUUAUUUUCUUUUUGCCGUCGGAUGCAUUAUUUGUGGUAUUGGACCCCAGAUGUGGACAAUUAUUCUAGGCCGUGCAAUUAGUGGAAUGGGCGGAGCAGGUACAAUGAUUAUCAGUUCAGUUAUCAUCACAGAUAUCGUCCCCAGACGUGAAGUGGCAACCUGGAGGUCCUAUGUCAAUAUUUCGAUGACUCUCGGUCGCAGUCUGGGAGGUCCUGUUGGUGGGUGGCUUAGCGAUACAAUCGGAUGGAGGUGGCUAUUCCUCGUACAAGUUCCGUUCGUCGUUUUGGCCGCAUUCCUAGUAGUUGUUAAGCUUCAGAUCUGCGAGAAAGCAGCCUCCAACAAAGACAGCACGUUCUCGAAACUCGCCAAUGUGGAUUUCCUGGGAACGGGUUUCCUCGGAGGGGCGAUAAUCGCCAUAACCUGCAUGAUUGAUCAAGGAGGAAAGUCCUUCCCAUGGCGCUCAUGGAUAACCGUUGUUAUGGGCGGCGGUGGUCUGCUCCUCCUUAUCUCAUUCGUUCUGGUUGAAGCGUAUGUCGCCAAGGAUCCGAUCUUCAACUUGCGCAUUCUGCGAAGACCAAACGUUGCCAUUAGCUACAUUAUUGGGUUUCUUCAGAUAAUGGCUCAACUGGGCAUGUUGUUCUCCAUUCCACUCUACUUUCAGGUUACCCAAGGUGCUUCAACCACGGCUUCUGGUGGUCAUCUGGUUCCCACCAUAAUCGGAAACACUGUUGGAGGUAUUUUGGCGGGAUUAUACGUUCGAAAAACGGGGCGGUAUAAAUUGCUUCUAAUCCUGGCUGGUUUGAUUUCGUCCAUCGCUUAUGUCUUGUUGUACCUCUUCUGGAAUGGCAACACCGGAUUCUGGGAGUCACUCUACGUUUUCCCGGGUGGAUUCGGUACAGGAAUCGCUUCAGCAGCGGGAUUUGUCGCCAUGACAGCAAUUCUACCGUCAGAUGAAAUGGCAAUGGCUACUUCGGGCUAUAUGCUUUUGAUUAGCUUUGCGAUGACGGCCGGUGUGACAAUGUGCAACUCGGUCCUCGGCAUCGAGUUCGAGGCUCAGUUACGUCGGAAUGUGCGAGGGCCUGGCUCGGAGAACAUCAUCAAGCGGGCGAUGGCAGACACGGAUUAUAUCGCCCAUCUCACGGGGCAAAUUCGUGAAGUUGUUUUGGCUUGCUACUUGUCGGGCCUCAAGCAGACUUAUGUUGUAUCGUCUGUGAGCUCUCUCGCAGCCGCCUUUUUCGGACUCUUUAUUCGUAACCAUCAAUUGUAA